CGGUCUCCGAGGCCCCGGGGGCAGCGACAGGGGGGGUGGGGGGGAAGGAAACGGAAAAGACACCGGAGAGAGCGAGCGAGUGAGGGAGAGAAGGCGAGGGGAGAGCACCAUGUGAGAGGCAACCCCACGGAGCACUGCGAGGCGGCGUUCUUAAUUUUGACCACAGAAGAAAUGGAUAACAGUGGAUAUAUUCAGUUUGACGUGCCUGAGUACAGCAACUGUGUUCUGAGCCAACUUAAUGAGCUACGCUUGCAAGGAAAGUUAUGUGACAUUAUAGUUCACAUCCAGGGUCAGCCGUUCAGAGCCCACAAGGCUGUCCUAGCUGCCAGCUCCCCUUAUUUCCGAGAUCAUUCAGCACUGAGCACCAUGAGUGGUUUAUCAAUAUCAGUUAUUAAAAAUCCAGAUGUAUUCGAACAAUUGCUUUCAUUUUGUUACACUGGGAGACUCUCGUUGCACUUGAAAGACGUUGUUAGUUUUCUUACUGCUGCAAGCUUUCUGCAGAUGCAGUGCAUAAUUGACAAAUGCACUCAGAUCUUGGAGAGUAUUCACUCGAAAUUCAGUAUUGUGAGUAUUGACUCUGUGGUGGUCAAUACUGAAGAUAAUCAGGGAAAUCGCAACGGGGUUAGAGAUAGCAAUAGCCGCUUCUUAAAUCCGGUUGAAAUCUCACCGCCGUAUUAUGGGCAAGUACGGCCGACAACAAUUCCUAGCGAACCACGGAUGGAAACUGUGCACAACCGAGCUUUUCAGAAUCGGGCAAUGGAGGAAAGGCACUCUGACCCUGGUAGCAGUGGCAGCAUCUCAGAGCAUGAAAUCCAGAUCGAGGGUGAUCACGAGCAAGCAGAGCUGAUCGUGCGGGAGACCAACCCGAUCAGUGCCCAGAUCACGGAGGUCAAAGUCAAAAUGGAGAAGUCCGACCGGCCGAGUUGCUCCGACAGCUCGUCGGUGGGUGACGACGGUUACCACACGGAAAUGGUAGAUGGCGAUCAUGUCGACAGAAUGGUGGCCGUGAACGUCAGCUCGUACGGGCCGGUGUUGCAGCAGGCUUUCUCAUUAUCUCAGCCCGCGUCCCAGUCAGCUGGUUUGUCAACCACCUAUGGUUGUCUCACCAAUUCGAGCCCCUCUAGAUCUAUGCUUAGUAAUUUUAGGGGUCGAGGACGACUGAAACGAAACAUACAGAUCCAGAAUGAAGGACAGAAUGUGAUUAGUCAGUCUUCUGACGGCGACGGUGGGCCAAACAGGCAAAGCUUUGAGAAUACUCCUCAUGACCAUGAUGGAAGGGAGCACUGGUUCCCAUACAAUCAAAGGCUUAUCUGCAUCUAUUGUGGAAAAUCCUUCAAUCAGAAAGGGAGUCUUGACCGACACAUGCGGCUUCACAUGGGAAUCACCCCUUUCGUCUGCCGCUUUUGUGGGAAAAAAUACACUCGCAAAGACCAACUCGAGUAUCACAUCCGUGGGCACACAGAUGACAAGCCCUACCGCUGUGAGAUCUGUGGUAAAUGCUUCCCUUUCCAAGGCACUCUGAAUCAGCAUUUGAGGAAAAAUCACCCGGGUGCAUCCGAAAUCAGGAGUCGGAUUGAGUCGCCAGACCGAACUGAUGCCCACACAGAACAGAAAGAAGGUGACGCACCUUCUCCCUCAGAGGAUUCCCACAUGGAGACUGCGGUGCAGGAAGUUCUACCAUUAUCUCAUAUUUCUGAAUGAGAAGCUUGGGCAUAACAAGGCCAAAAGCGCACAGAGCUAGAAAUAAUGCUAAAAUAUUAGUAUUUUGGGGUUUAUUUUGUAGAAGAGCUUUCACCAUUUAUAUACUGGUUCUGAAAUUAUUUUCCCCCAAUCCACUUAGAUUUUUUUCUUGUAUGGAUUUUUCCCUGAAAAUGAUUUUGAAUAUUUAAAAUCUAUUUUACUGCCAGGUAAGAGGUACAUUGUAUAAUAUAAAAAUAAAUUGCCAUGUUCAAGAGAAGAAGGGUCAGGAUAAUUAGUUAUGGUAACAGGAAGGAAUGCUUGUGAGUUGACACACAUCACCGUUAUCACCGAAAGUCACUGUGACAAGUCUAAAUAUCUAUUUGCACUUCACACAGCAGUGGAAAAUUCUAUUAUAUUCUAUCUUGUUUGGUUGGCUUCAAUAAUGGGGGGUUAAAUGUUUUAUUUUGCCUGCCUUUUAGAGGUGUAGGAAAGGGUUUGAAUUGAGCUGUUGAUUGCUGGAGCAGCUGACACCUAUCAAAGAUUAGGUUUUAAAUUUCGGCUACGCUUUGGGUAAUGAAUUUAGCCUGUUUAAUCAUCAGCUUAAUAAAGAUGUUAAUUAAUGUGAGCCUGGUAGUGCCAGCUUCAAUUUCCUUACACGUUGAGCACCCUCUGCUGGUCAGUUUGCGUAGAGCGUUCUCUCAAAAAUACCUCGGAGUAAUUCCUAAACAUGAGAAAUUCUGCAGAUGCUGGAAAUCCAAAGCCUUUGGGUCAGAUUUAUACCUGUGGGUAAUGGUUUUAUUCCAGUAUGCAAAAUCUUAAUAUCCUAUUGUCUUUAUUUAGUUUGCAUUUUUAAUGUGCAUUUCUUUUCCUCUGCUGUGUGGAAUAUUUCAGUGCUUAAAGCAUACUAGAGUCAUGGAACACUACAGUAUAGAAGCAGACCCGUCUGCCCAACUAGUCCGUGCCGAACUAUUAAUCUACUUAGUCCUAUCGACAUGCACCCAGACUAUAGUCCUCCAUACCCCUCCCAUUCAUUAAUCUAUUCAAAUUUCUCGUAAAUGUUGAAAUUGAGCCUGCAUUCACAGAAAGAACAGAAAACUUAACUACUCUUCUGUUUGGAAAUGAUCAUUUUGCUCAUUAACACAGUCAAGCUAUAUACAAUUUAUCAGACUAAUUAACUUUUAAUUUUUUUAAAACAUUGAACUACUGAUUAUCUAUUAGAAUUAUGCUUGCUCAUGUCCAAUACUUUAAAGAUGCAAAUGUACUCCUAACAGCCAUAAUUUAUCUUUGGGUAAAUGGUCAUAUUCUCAUUCGCAUGGCGCGCUUGGCGAAGUCGCAGGACUGGUUUCUCUCUUUUGGAUCCUGUUGAAAAGUAGGCACGAUGAUUUACUAAUCAUGAUGAAGUUAUCAUGUUAGCAACUUUGCUCUUGAUGGCUUGGCUGGGAAAGAAUGCUUCCUUAAUGUUCAAAGUUAGGAACAAGAAUUUAUAAUGAAAUUCAACUUAGUGAAUUUAAUGUUUACCUUGCAGAGUGGCAUUUUGUUUCAUUUGGCCAUGUCAGUAGGCACCGUUCCAGUCAUUUCCACUAAUUUCAAUGCCACAUUUGUGGGGGAGAAUCAAAUCAGUAUUUAUAAUACCAGAUGGGAAAUAAAUACCAUGUACUUGUUAACCAUGAUUUUGUUUAUACACAAUUAUAAAUCAUAUACUUUAAGAUGUAUUAGUGCUGUAUUGUAGAAAGAAAAAGUUUAAAGAAAUUCAAGCAACUUUUAUUUAUUUAAAACUGACUUUUAACCAAAGCCUAUAUGCCCCUUCUACCCUCCAUGGUUUCUCUUUCAAAGACAAAGGCUAACCUUGCUGUAGUGUGGCUACUGAGCAGCGUACCGUAAUAGCUGAAGCUCAAAUGAUCAUACUCUGUUCUGUGUUAGCAGUGGCCUCAGUCUAGCACUUAUAAACGUCUUCAGAAAUUGUCUAUUGUGCAAAGAUUAAUUUUGAAAAGGCUUUGACCUUGGGUCACCGAAGGGCUUCUCUUACAGUGCAGUGGAUUGAAAUUCUUCGAAUAUAAGCAGAUGUAUGAUACCUGCCAUUUACUGGAAUCGCUAGGGUAGCUUCUGUGAUAAAAUACCAGGUGCCACAGAACUCAUUCGAGAAAUUUGAGAACAAAACCAAUCAGCCUUCAAAAUGACUUAGUACUUACCUUCCACUUUAUUAUCAUUGCAGAUCAUAAAUUAAUAAAUAGCAUUAAAAAUUGAACCUCCUCCCUCUGCAAAACCCUUUUAUCCUCUUCCACCAAAUAAAAACCUUUUUGGAUGUAUUUACCGUACUACAUAUGCUAACCUAAUGAACUGUAACCUGAGAUUAUUUGAUUAAGGAUAUUUGAUUACAUAUAUUUCUAAUGGCAUCAAUGCAAUGUAUACCUAAAAGUCUCUGCUGUAUAUUCUUAAAGGACAAAAUAACUGCUUAGUUGUUUAAUUUACUAAUUUCAGCAGAGUCUUACAGAGGUGUCCUUUUUGUAAGAAAACUGCUUAAUACUUCCAACAUAAAAGAUUUUCUGCCAACUUUAAUGUUCAUUGUGAGACUUCAUAGGGAAGACCUUGGUGUAUAUGCACACAGUGGCCACUUUAUUAGUUACAGGAGUGGAACCUGGGGUGGUCUUCUGUUGUUGUGGCUCAUCCGCUUCAAGGUUCGACAUGUUGUGCUUUUAGAGGCGCUCUCCUGCACACCACUGUUGUAAUGCGUGGUUAUUUGAGUUAUUGUUGCCUUCCUGUCAGCUUAAACCAGUCUAGCCAUUCUCCUCUGACAUCUUUGAUUAACAGGGUGUUUUUGCCCACAGAACUGCUCACUGGAUAUUUUUGUUUAUUGCACCAUUCUCUGUAAACUCUAGAGACUGUUGUGUGUGAAAAUCCCAGGAGAUCAGCAGUUUCUGAGAUACUCAAACCACCCCAUCUGGCACCAACAAACAUUCCACAGUCAAAGUCACUUGGAUCACAUUUCUUCCCCAUUCUGUUGUUUGGUCUGAACAACAACUGAACCUCUUGACCAUGUCUGCAUGCUUUUAUGCAUUGAGUUGCUGCCACAUGAUUGGCUAAUUAGAUAUUUGCAUUAAUGAGCAGGUGUAACUAAUAAACGGGCCACUUGAGUUGGUUAGUGUUGGAAAGACUUCCCAAUCCUGCUUUCAUUCAAAAUUUCUAGGGUUUAUGGUUGGAGCAUCUUCCAUAAGAAGCAUUUGCCAGUACCUGCUUGGCAUUUUUUUUUAUUCAUCCAGAAGCAAACCCAGUAAGUCGCUGAAUUCAGGAUGUAUAUGGAGCAUGUUAAGUGCCUGUUGCAUGCAGGCCGAAAGUUUGAACUGAACAGAGAAACUUUUGACAGCCUUGAUAUACAAAAACUGUAGUUGGUGUGCAAUAAUCUUUUGUUUCAUUACAUGAGUCAGGAGAAUAGUUAUCCAAAAUCCUAUCCACUCUCAACAACCAUCAUCUAAAUGCUGUGAUAUUUUAGCAGUUUUAUAGCUAGCAGUACUACUAAACUUGUAAAGACUAGCUGUUGCCUGAUUAAAGUCCAGCUGGUCUAUUUGGUAUUCAGGUGGCAGUCAUACUGUGGUCAUUGCGAUUGCGGUCAAUACACACUUAAUGCGCAGAUUUUUUUUUGAGCUGUUUGAGUUUGAAGACACAAACUCAAAAGGGUCAUAAGCAGGCAAGGCCAAACACAACUCUUUUUAGGGUUUUAACCCUUAAAUGGUGCUGUUGGAUCAGGUUAGAAUUAUUUAUUGAACCAGCAUUAACAGUUUUAUAUAUGAUAUUUGGAUGAAUACUAUUUCAAAUUGUUUAUAAAUUCUUUAUAUGAACCCUGUAAUAUAAUCGGUCUGGAAUUUUUAGUCAACUCCAAAGUAUUGAAUGAAGUUGAAGUUUUCUGGAAUGCAUGUAACCUUUAAUGAAACCUAUAGAAUUUUAAUCAUUGUUCUAAAAUCCAGUUAAUCCAUGAUACAUCUCAUAUAGCAGAAUGAAUUAACAACUGUUCAGAUAGAUCAAGAGCUAAACCGAUUUUGUUUCUUCGGAGAAAUGAUUUCCAAUGGGUAAUCUAAUCAUGCUGUAAUUGUGAGUUUCCAAACCACAAGUGACUGAUAAAUUCUAUCCAAUAAAAUUUUCUAUCCAGCUUAGUAUUUUGUAAAUGGCUGAAAUUUAAUAAGCCUAGCUUGAUCUGUCAUUAGGACUUCUCAGUCUCUGAGCUACAAUGCCAAAUCCCUCUUGCACUUUGACUUUCCCGGUCAGAAAUGCUCGCCGGACUCAGCAGACACUGUACACGGCAGCAUAGCAGUUGCAAUAUUGGACCUGAAAUCCGUGACUGGAUUCAUGGCCCAGAAACACUUCUUCAAAUCCCUCUUCAGCCGAUGGGGAAUUUGAAUCAGGUUAACUUGGAAUUGAAAGCUGAUAUCAGUAAGGGUGGCCCUGAAUGUACAGAAACAGUCGUGACAACAUAUAGUACCUAGUUCGCUAAUAAACACAAGAGAUUCUGCAGAUAUAAAUCCAGAGAAGGGCACAAAAUGCUGGAAGAACUCAGCAGGUCAGGCAGCAUUUGUGGAAAUGAAUGAACAGUACGACGUUUCAUGCCGAGUCCCUUCAGUCAUUCAUUUCCAUAGAUGCUGCACGACUUACUGAGUUCCUCCAGCAUUUUGCAUGUUACCCUAGUUCCCUAAUGUCCUUUAAAGGAACAAAAUCUGGUGUCAUUGCCUUCUGGCUCGUGUGGCAACGAAAAUAUAGUUGAAUCUUAGUUGCCAGGUGCAGAGGUUUAACAAGCCACUCAAAUCAAGGGCAACUUGGGCAAUACAGAAAUCCUGUGAAUGAAUAGAAAGAGCAGAUUGAGGCGGACACUUAAUUCCCUCUGAUAUCUGUACUUAUUCUCACUCAAAAGAAACAUAAAACAGUAUUUUAAAUGUCCACUGUUUCUGGGCAGUAAUGAUUUCUGUGACAAUGGAAAAAAAAGUGGAUGAAUAUUUCAUACAUGCCUGCAUCGCUUACGUAAACCAGGUUCAAAGACACAAGUGGAUCGAAUAGAAUAACACACAAAGAUAGAUUGGUUAGCAGGUGCGGCUGCUGCUACUCAUUUAAGUUGUGUGUGUGUGUGUGUGCGUGCGCGCGUGUAUAUCUAAUAGAAAAGCUUUUAACAGAGUCUGACUUGGACAUCACACACCUUACACUGUUCUUUAAACACCCAUACUGACUUGAUUUUAGUGCAAUACUCAGUCACAAUAGACACAUACAGUUUUAAAUAAGCUAUUUUCAAACCACACAGUGCAUUUAAAAAAAAACUUUUUGUUAUUUACUAUGUAUAAUCUGUUUUAUGCUAUUACAUCAUAAACCAACCAAAAAUGUAUUCCAUGGUUUUAUCAAUAUGUCUCAAAGGCUUUGUUUUAAUUUUCCUUUCCAUUCGACAAUGCGGAAGCUAUGGCAGAGCUUUUCUGAGAACAUAUAAAACGAAUAUAAGGGAAAUAAUUUAACACCAUCAGAGCAGGGUUUCGAAUUGGCCCACACACGCAGCUAUUUAUUGUCUGGGGCUCCUUAAGGAGCUGCAAAAUGGCUGCUAGAUGGCCACUUGGGAGGAUUGUUAACAUGCAGUUCAUUUAUUGAAACUCUGGAGAUUUAGCAGGCCAUUACCCAUGAGGGCGUAAAGUAAAUGAAGCUACUGAGGCUGAUGCUCUGAAAGUUGAUAAACUAGCCAUUACGGAUGUAUUUUCUAGCAUGAAUGCAAUCAAUAUUUAUUCAAAAGUAUAUGUUUUUUCUCUUAUCCUAUUAGCUGUGUCUGACUGUGAUCAAUUAAUAUUUCAAUGCUGCUUAAUUGUUUUUGAUGUUAAUCCUUUAUUUCUGUACUUCCAUUUUGUUGCUUGUAAACAGCUUUUGUAUUGUUUGAAGAGUAAUAAAUAGGAAGUUACUGGUUUUGUUGUAAAUAAAUCUUUUGCUGUCAUACAACUGCCAGCUGCUUGG